AUGUCGAAAGAUAUUCGGUCCUUCUUCCUCCCGAAAGGUCAGAAAUCGGAGAAGCCAAAUCAAGAGUCCAACGAUAUUAAGAAGAGUAAGAAAAGGCCUAUAAUAAUUGAUUCAGAUUCUGAUGAGUCAGUUGAAAUCAUUCCCAAGAAGAAGAAAGAAAAUACUGAAAAUAAAAAGUCUGGUACUGUUAAAAAGAGAGUUGAAAUAUUAAAGCCGGUUGAUGCUUCUGAUCUUUUUGGGAGUGAAAAGAUAAAGCGAUCUGAAGCAAAGCCGGCUUUAGUGUGCAAGGAAUCAAAGAAUAAAUCUAAAUCCCCAAAAGAAUGCGAACAAAUUCAUUUUGAUGACGAUUUUGAAGCAACUUUGUGUCAGAUUGAUCAACUUGAAGAUGAAGUCUUAAGUAAAAAUGACGUUCAUAAAAAUGUUCCUGAUGGCAAAGAAACCAAACCGAAAAUCUCUCCAGAUGGAAGCAAGCCUCCUGGAAAAAGGGUUGAAAAAAAGCAGAACUCUUCACCAGAAACAAAAGAAAAGAAACACUAUGAGAAAAAGCUGUCAGAAAAUAAGAAUAAAGAAGUAGUCACAGAGAAAGACUUGAAGAAGGAAACUCCUAAAAAGGUAGCAAACUUAAAUGAAAGUGUAGGUAGUCCAGCAGAUCCAGUGGAAAAGAAACGGCAGCAGGCUCUCAGUUAUAUGAAAUAUCUUCAGAGAGGUGGACCCAAGCAUUUAGGAAGUAAGGAGGUUCCAAAAGGAAAGGCAGGAUGUUUAUCUGGUCUUGUUUUUGUUAUUACUGGUGUGUUAGAUUCUUUGGAGCGAGAAGAAGCAGCACAGAUAAUAGAACAAUAUGGUGGCAAAGUGACAGGAAAUGUUAGUCGAAACACUAGCUAUUUAAUUCGUGGUGAGGAUGCAGGACAAUCAAAAUUAAAUAAAGCAGAAGCAUUAGGAACCUCUCAAAUGAACGAAGAUGGUUUAUUUGAUCUUAUCAGAACUAGGUCUGAUAAUACGUCAAAUGAAAGUCAUUCAACACCUGAAGGAAUUAAGAAAAAGAAAAAACAUGAAAAAACCAGAGCUGAGGAAGAUAGUUUACCAUCCAAAAAAGCUAAAGUGGAAAUCAAAGUAGAACCUACAGAAACAAAGAAGAGCAUUGAAUCUAAAAAGGUUUCACUAGAAGACAAGCCAUCUGUAGAAUCAAAGCAGAAAUCUGAAUUGAAAUCUUCAAAAAAUAAAACUUCAACAUUGGACAUUAAAAACCAAAAUUACAAUUCAGAAAACAAAACAAAAAAGGAAACAAAAGUUACCGCAGAUUUUGCAGAUGUGAAGUCGUCCUUGUGGGUGGAUAAAUACAAGCCUACAAAGACCAAGCAGGUGAUAGGUCAGCAAGGAGAUAAAAGUUCUUUAAAGAAACUCACAGUGUGGUUAGAAAAUUGGCAUAAAAAUAAUUCUGGAAAUAAGAAGCAUGUUAAACCGAGUCCUUGGGCUAAAAAUGAUGAUGGGGCCUUUUUUAAAGCUGCUUUGCUCUCUGGACCCCCAGGUAUUGGAAAGACUACUAUGGCACAUCUUGUUUCUAAGGAACUAGGAUUUGAUGUUGUUGAAUUUAAUGCAUCAGACACACGAUCAAAAAAGCUCUUGCAUAUGGAAAUAUCUGAAUUACUUUCCAGCAAAUCAUUAUUUGGUUUCUGUCAUUUAGGUGAUACAGUACAUCAGACAUCUAUCAAGCAUGUAUUGUUAAUGGAUGAAGUUGAUGGAAUGGCAGGUAACGAAGAUAGAGGUGGUGUUCAAGAGCUUAUUCAACUCAUAAAGAAUACUCGGGUUCCUAUUAUAUGUAUGUGUAAUGACCGUAAUCAUCCAAAAAUUAGAAGUCUUGCAAAUUAUUGUUUUGAUUUAAGGGUAAUGAAACCUAGAUUAGAACAAAUCAAAGGUGCAAUGAUGUCUGUUUGUUAUAAAGAAGGUUUAAAAAUUGCCUCAGAGGCUUUAAAUGAUAUUAUUUGUGGAGCUAAUUUUGAUAUCAGACAAAUUUUACAUCAUCUCUCUCUUUGGUCUGUGAAAGAGAAACAAUUUCCUUCAGGUGUAGGGCAAGCAGGAGCUCCAAAACCUCAUAAGGAUAUGAAAAUGGGUCCAUGGGAUGUCGUGAGGAAAGUAUUUUCCGCUGAAGAACAUAAGACAAUGUCAAUCCAUGAUAAAUCUGACUUGUUUUUUCAUGAUUACAGUAUUAAUCCAUUAUUUGUUCAGGAAAAUUAUUUAUCUGUUGUCCCUGCAGCUGCUAAAGGAUGCGUUAAAAAGACAUUAGAGUGCAUUGCAGCCACGGCAGAGAGUAUCAGUGUGGGUGAUGUUGUGGAGAAAACUAUAAGAAGCAAGGGUGCUUGGAGUCUUCUUCCAACACAAGCUAUGUUCUCUAGUGUUAUUCCUGGUGAUUUAAUGGAAGGGUAUAUGAGGGGCCAGAUUAAUUUUCCAUCUUGGUUGGGCAAAAACUCGCGUACUGGAAAACUGGACAGACUUCUUCAAGAACUUCACGUACACACUCGAUUAAGUAUUUCCGGCUCCAAACAGGCUCUCAAUUUGGAGUAUUUGCCUCAUAUCAGGGAUGCUAUUCUUCGUCCUUUAACUGCAGAAGGAUCUGUAGGAGUACCUGAGACACUUAAUGUCUUGCAAACAUACAAUUUACUGCGAGAAGACCUUGAAAGUAUUCUUGAACUUACAGCAUGGCCAAAUCAAAAAGAUCCAAUGAGUGGUAUAGAAAGCAAAGUCAAGGCAGCUCUGACAAGAGCUUACAAUAAAGAGGGAAUCUUGACACCCUAUUCCGUUGUGAAUGUGGUAAAGAAACGAUCUGCGGGCACCUCUCCUGAUCUUGAAGAUCUUGAGGAAGGUGGCGAGGAAGAAGAAGUGGAUGAAGAUGAUGUGAGUGUGGAUGCAAUGAUUAAAGCUAAGAAGCCUCAGAAACGUUCCGAGGAAGUUGUACAAAUACAUAUGAAAGCGGGCAACCGCAAGAUUCCGCCCCUACUUGUUUUGGGCAGCCCUGUAAGUAAGCUAUACACUGAAGAAAACAAAGACCAAGGACAUUAUAUUGACAUUGAUUUUACAUUGUGGUUGACAUGGCUAUUAGCACCGCUGCUGUUAACGUUUUUCUUACCCUUCGUAAUUUUCCUAAUGUUUUAUAUGAAUGCAGUAAUCCUGUACAUUUACAAAUUACAUAGAGAUAGAUUGCGACAUGCAUAUGAAACUCAUAUAUGGGAUGGAGCAAUUAAAACAAUUGCAGCCCUGUGGGAUGCUCAUGGGUGGUUGUGGCAUGGUUAUGAAAUAAGUGGAUUGGAAAAUAUACCAGAUAACUCCCCAGCCCUAAUUGUUUACUACCAUGGUGCAAUCCCUAUUGACAUAUAUUAUUUUAUUGCAAAGUCAUAUUUGUUCAAAAACCGUCUGAUUCACACAGUGGCUGACAGAUUUUUAUUUAAAAUACCAGGGUUUAAAAUAGUCUCCGAAGUUUUGAAAGUGAUACCAGGCACAGUACAAACUUGUUCAAAUAUACUUAAAGAAAACAACCUAUUAGCUAUCUCACCUGGAGGUGUAUAUGAAGCACAAUUUGGAGAUUCAUACUAUAGACUAAUGUGGAAAAAGCGCUUGGGUUUUGCUAAAGUUGCUUUGGAUGCCAAAGUCCCUGUUAUACCUAUUUUCACUCAAAAUUUACGAGAAGCAUUCCGUAGUGUAAGUUUUGCUCACUGGGUAUGGUUGAAAUUGUACAGUAUUACUAGAUUACCUAUUGUGCCAAUAUAUGGAGGUUUUCCUGUAAAACUGAAGACUCAUGUUGGAGAACCAAUUCCGUAUACGGCUGAUUUGACUCCAGAGUUGUUGCAGAUCAAGGUGAUGCAUGCCUUAGAAGCAUUGAUUAUGAAACAUCAACGAUUACCUGGAAGCAUCCUGAGAGCCCUGUUGGAGCGACUGUAUGUUGUCCCUAAGCCAUCAGAAGAAGAUGAAAAUGAAAAAGAAAAGUGAAAUUGUUUCUCAUGUGCAAUUGAAUCUACUUAAUUUGUUUAUCAAAUUCCUGACGAAGUGUAUCAUAAAAUGUUCAUCCGAUUUUUAUCUCGGUGUUCUGAAGCUGCUCUCUUGCAUUUGUCUUUCUUGAAGUUUAUUUUUAUGUUGUAUUCCAAUUUAUACAAAAAUCACAUUGAAGCACAGUAUUAUUAAUUAAUUUCUUUAUUGUGCAGUAUUUGCCAGCAAUGGCAUGCCCUAAGAGCAAUAUGGCAAUGUUAGACUGAAUAAGAUUCUGUGUGGGAAUGUAUGAAGUAUAAGAUGACAUGGAUAUCUCUUUAAUUCUGUUGAUUACCUGAAUAUCUUUAUAUGUAUUUAAUGCAGUGUGCUUAUGCAAAUAAUACAUUCCAUUGUUUUAUGAUGUAUUAAAAGUUUUUUAACGAAGUGUCAAUAUUUUAUAUUGUUUUUACUGUUUAUAUUAGUGGUUGUGGUAUUGUGUGAUGUUGAAAGUCAAAGGAAUAAAACCCUAAAUAAAAAAAUUUAAAAAAAAUUAAUUACAAAUUUAACCUUAAAUUAAUGUUUUUAGGAGUUUGUUUAUGUUACAUUUCGAAUUAUGUAAAUAAUGUAUGUAAUUUGCUUAGGAUAUGAUGCUCGGUGACAAAUUCUUUAAAUAUACACAAACUACAUGAACAUUAAA